GCACGUGCAUAUACCUGCCUGACGUCCAUUACCAUGUCGCGCUCCCCACGUCUGUCGACUUCUCCCGCCAGAUCCCCCUUUUCAGACGACCGUGAGCACACUGGGAGGAGCAGCACGCCACCGACGCCGGGCGUCCGGACUCGCAGGUCAAACCCGUUCGGAGAGCCCCAGCUAUCCCCCACCACGUCUCAAACUAUCUCCGAUGACGCCUCUGUCGCCAGUGGGAGCUUUUACCGCAUGAACGAGCCCCCGAUCCCCACCCUUCGAGGUCGUGGUGCUGCAGGUACUGUAAAUUUGAAUACUCCACGCAGGAUUGUCGUGAGAGAAGACGCGGCCCUGGUGAGUUGUUUUGAUCCGAAGGAUGGGGAGUUGUACGAACUAUGGGCACCGAGGCGAUGAGAAGCCAAAGAUUAGAAGAAUAGGAUGUUGAUAAUGCACGUGCAUGUACGAAAU